GUCAGCAACUGUCAAAAAAAAAAUAAAAUUUCGUCCUGUUUUCCAACAAAAUAUUUUCGGCUAAAUCGGAAUAAAAGGCUGUUCUGCAAAUAUUCAAUAGGAGUUUUAUAAGUUACUUCUCUCAAAAAUGUUGGUGUUAGUUCUCGGAGACCUGCACAUUCCUCACCGCUGCAGCAGUUUGCCGGCCAAGUUCAAGAAGUUACUCCUACCAGGACGUAUCCAGCAUAUCUUGUGCACCGGCAACCUCUGCACCAAGGAAUCUUACGACUAUUUGAAGACACUUGCCAGUGAUGUGCAUGUUGUUAGAGGAGAUUUUGAUGAUAACGCUACAUAUCCAGAGCAGAAAGUGAUCACAGUCGGUCAGUUCCGUAUCGGCCUCAUUCACGGUCACCAAGUCGUCCCGUGGGGUGAUGAGGAGUCACUAGCUCUGGUGCAGAGGCAGUUGGACGUGGACAUCCUAAUCUCAGGCCAUACUCAUCGUUUUGAAGCUUACGAGCAUGAAAACAAGUUCUAUAUCAACCCUGGAUCUGCUACUGGCGCUUAUAGCCCCCUCUUCAGAAACGCAACCCCAUCGUUUGUGUUGAUGGACAUCCAAAGCUCAACAGUGGUCACCUAUGUCUACAAACUAUUAGGAGAUGAAGUCAAAGUCGAAAGGAUUGAAUAUAAGAAAGCAUAAAACUAA